AUGGCGGACGCCAACGGACCGUCAUCUCGUGAAGAAUUAUACAGGACGGCGCGAGACCAUCUGCGCGCAGAAGGCUGGGCCGUCAUCUCCAAUGUUCUGAGCAAGGAAGAAACAGAGAAGGUGCUUGCCAGGUUAUGGAAAGCCAAAGAGGCUGGCGAAAGUCGUGGAGACGCGACAUACAUUCCUCGCCUCGAUCCCAAUCAAGCCAAUGUUCGAGUCUUCUAUCUGCUUGAACUGGACCAGAUCUUUCGAGACCUCAUUGUGCACCCAGUGGCAAUCGAUAUGGUGAAAUCGGUCCUUGGAGACAAUUUCUUGAUCUCGAAUUUCACGGCGAACAUUGCUAGACCUGGCAGUCAAUCUAUGGCGCUUCACAGCGAUCAAAGCAUCGUAGUGCCAGAACCAUGGAAGGAAGUUUGGGCACUCAACGUUAUCUGGUGUCUGACUGACGUGUAUGGUGAUAACGGCGCAACCCUGUAUAUACCGGGAUCGAACAAGUACGAGUCGCGGCAGGACAUUCCAUCAGACGCCGACAAGUUGCUCCAACCCUUUGAGGCGAAAGCAGGGAGCAUCAUCUUGAUGGAUGGCCGAGUCUGGCACACCUCCGGUGCCAACAUUACAAAAGAUAACGACCGGGCAUUGAUGUUUGGAUAUUACACCAAGCCUUUCCUUCGACAACAAGUUAACUGGACGGCAAAAUUGCCCCAUGAACUACAGGAGACGCUGAGUGAAGAAAUGAAGGAAUGGUUGGGGUUGGGUUAUAAUGCCAAUAUUGCGAGGACGGGCAAUACUUCGUACAAUUAUCUCGGCAGGCAGUUUCCGAAGGCUGAGAUCCAAAGUUGA